AUGGUGUCAGCGAUCCUGACGGAUCCCCUGUGGCGCUGGAACUAUGACCGUCUCGAACGACAACAUCAAGAAGCCGUUGGGGAGAAGAACGAAUUCUUGCCAGAAUGGCGACGACUCCCCCCUGCAAUUGGUGGAGCUCCGCUUGUAACCAUUGGACUCUUCAUUUUUGCAUGGACAAUCUAUCCACCUGUCCACUGGGUGGUACCCAUUAUCGGAAGCGCGGUGUUUGGAGCAGGCACAGUGCUAGUCUACUCUGGUGUAUUUACAUUCCUGGUGGAUGCGUAUCCCACAUAUGCGGCGAGUGCUCUGGCCGCCAACAGUUUUGCACGUUCCACAUUUCCAGGCGUCUUUCCCCUCUUUGGCGUCCAAAUGUACGACAGACUCGGCUACCACGGGGCAACGUCGCUGCUAGCUUUUCUUACGGUCAUAAUGGCUCCCUUCCCGUAA